GCGCCGGCCGCCCGGGGCCAAUAUGUCGCGCGGCAGUGGCGCGCCGCGCUCAUGGCGGGCAACAUCGUCGAGGCGUGGCUGCGCUCGCUGCACCUCGGCCAGUACGCCGAGUCCUUCCUGGACAACGGCUACGACGACCUGGAGAUCUGCAAGCAGGUGGGCGACCCCGACCUGGACGCGAUCGGCGUGCUGGAGCCGGGGCACCGCGCGCUGCUGCUGCGCUCGGUGCGCCGGCUGCGCGAGCACGGCGCCGCCUCCGUCUACUUCACGCUGGAGGAGGGCGCCGCGGCGCUCAGGCACGACGCCUGCGGCUGCGACAAGCCGCGCGGUGCGGCCGGCGCGCCGUCGGCGCCGCCGCAGCCCCCGGAAGACGCCGCUGCCGGCGCGUCCGCCUGCGCCGACGACUACGAGGACGGCCGCGCCGAGCUGGUGCGCGUGCCCAGGCACCACUUCCGGCACGUGGCCCUCAACGGCAGCCACCAGCCGCACCACCACCACCACCAGCACCAGCAGCAGCAGUUCCAGCGCGCCGUCUGCCUCGGGGGACAGCACGUCCCCACAUCGGAGAAGAUGGUAGUCGUGUACCGCAGGAAGUCAAACCGCUAGUCACGGGCUUCUUGCCAGGCGAAGCCACACCCACAGGAGAAACCCGCCAACCCUUGACCAGGACACAACGACGAUGCCGCACGACGCAGAAGAAACUCCACCUCCACUGGCUGUUCCUACUGACUCCUGCAAACAGUAUCCUAUGGUCUCUUGAUCCAAGAGCAACACGUUCCUUGUUAAGUAACUACGUACUUGAUAUGGUACGCCAAUUUUUAAAACAUCUGUCCACGUUACGGGUUCCUGUAAUCUCACUCAUUCUUUUCCUUGCCAGGUUAUCUUACUUAAAGAUAUACUUUUUUGAAAUGUCUACUUUUACUGAUCAGCAAUAAACAAAUUUUAAAAGAAGGUAAAAUAUCUAAGAAAAAGAUAACUUGUCACUUAACUACACAAGCUGCCAUUAACAAAGAAACUGUUUCUCGUACAAUACCUCCAGUGACAGUAUUUUAUGAAUAAUGCUAGAUUUAUUGUAGAUUUAGCAGAUUUACGUGUCAUACAAUCAUAAAAGUUCCAACUUUCUACUAAUUAUUUAUACAAUAAGAGUUUUAAGGAAGUAUUAGGUUGUAAGUCCCGUUUAGAUACCAGUUUCAUCAACGGAUAUGAGUAGUGAAUGUUGAAGUACAAACCUCGAUUCAUUUUAGAGCGAAGAGCUCAGAUGACUGCAACAUUUACUUCAUAUAUUGACGUCUCUAUACCAAAUGACAAUUUCUAACCGAAAACUUUUAAUCAUUUUGUACAUCAUAUAUUUAUUGAGAAGAGAUGAAGUCUUCAUUCACCGAACGCUGAGAUUCACAUUGUCACGGACCUCUACUAAUUACUCUCUUUCAAAUCUGUUGUUAAUCUUAUUAAUGUUAGUUUGGAAGUUAAGUGUUUGCCGUGAACCCCAAAUACAUUUGAGAUUGUUGAGAGGUCCGUCGCUUUCAUCUGGCUCUUCUCUUGACGUAGAAGUUCUUAGCCGGAGUUUUGUACUGUAAUAUGUUAUUAUACAAGGUAAGAUACUACAACAAACACUGUAAUUGUGGUCAGCAAAUUGGAUAUGAGUUUAUUAAAAGAGGGCAGUCGAUCCAUAAAACGGUACAUGUUAACUGUAUCUUCGAGUAUCUUCCAUAUAAUGCGGCAAUAGAUGAAACGAAAUCCGCUAAUAGGUGAAAACUAAUUUUCAUUGAAGAAAUGUGUAAAAGAUAGUUUCAGUUGGGUCCAGAGAAUAUUUUUGCUGAAAAACAAAUGACUUAAGAAAACUCUUGUUCAUCAUGGUGUCUAUUUUCUGUGUUAGUAUGGUAAUGAAAGUUCUCUGUGAUAGAUAUUGGACGUAGGUGAGAGAAAAAACUGAUGAAUGUCACUACGAUCUACAGCUGGAAGACGAUGACGAUAUAACAUGCAAUAAUUGUAACUAGUUCAUAAAGUUUUGUACUUUUGAAAACCGAUGUGUGAUUUACUUGGUUAUAUUGCCUUGUAUAAUGUAUUAUGUGUAGUUGAAGAAUUGUUGAAAAUGGACUACAGUUUUCCAAAUAAAAGAAAAUUCUGAA